AUGCCGGCUCCAUACUCUGACAAUCUGUACUCCGGGGAUGACAACCCGUGGGCGGAGGACGAGCAGCAGCAGCAGAAUGACGAGCAGCAGCACGACGACAGCAGUGCGCUGUCGCCCGCUGACGGCUACUUCCACGCGUCGUCGUCAGGUCCAGAAGAGGCUGCAACGUCAUCGUCACACUACACCUCGCGCCAGUCGUCCAGCGUGCCGUUUGUACCCAAUGUCAUGGUCGAGGACCCGACGCUGCAGGAGGACCGCGCUGCCGCAAAGGCCAGGGAAGCCGCCGAGGAGAGUCGCAUAAAUAGUGCUGCUGCGGGCGGCUCGACUCCCUUUGAGCAUCGCCAGCCGCAUCACCAACCUCCAGCCCAGGAGGCCAGCUUCCAUCAACCCUCUCACCCAUUCCGCGCUCCUCCUCCCUCUCAAGCUGUUGCUUAUCCCCCGUUCCAGGCCCAUCGCCACCAGGCCUCGUCGUCCUCUUCGUCGUCAGCCUCGCCUUCUGGCCAUCAUCACCGUCGUAGCAUUGACGAAGAGGUCUCGUCGUUCCAGCCGUCCAGUUCCAUGGGCCGGCCUACAGACCAGUACACGGUUCAUCGCCAGACCGACGCACCACCUGCUUACUCACCCUCAGCCUCUUCGCCACCGCUGCCUUCCAGCUAUCAGACAUUUUCACCUCCACAAGCCGCUGCGCAGUCUGACAGCAUGGGCGUGCCCGAGGAGAACCAGUCUUUGCUUCCACGACAGCCAGAGUCCAUGGGCGGACCGCCCAAUGGAUCACAAGAGACGCUGUGGCGAAGAAUCAAAAGACAUUCGACUACGAGAAAGAGAGUUCGCACCUUCCUGGGUGUGCUGCUUAUCAUUUCUAUUGUAGCUGCCUUGCUUGGUGGCACCAUUAGCAUAAGCAACAGCGAUCGGAAGAAGCCUGGCAUCAUUGAUGACUCGCCCGUGAAGAAACCCACGACUAACAACCCGCCUCCCAACAUGGCGUGGCCUCCGAGCAACAACUGCCCCGGUGGGCCCUACAAGGACUCCAAGAUUAACGAAGUCGUCAGCUUUGGCACCAGCAAGAAACUCAGCAUUAUUCAGACCAUCGAGAAGGACGGUAGAAACCGCCGAGGACCCACGCCAAACGUUUAUGGCGAGGUCAUCCUGCAGCCUGUCGAUACUGCCUCUUCCGGACAGAUUCAGCUUGAAGUCGCUACCAACGACGAGGAUUUGCAUGUCGGUGUCGACUUCAACAAGCGAGACCAGCAGUUCAAGGUGACUGUUCCUCGCUGGGUCGACUGGAGGGAGCCCAGCUGGCGGCCUUGCAUCCAGAUCAGAAUCACCGUCUCUGUCCCUCGUGAAGCUCAGCUCGAAUUGUUUCACGUCGAGACUGUCCAACUCAAUGUAGCUGUCAAGGAUGGGUUUGUUCUAAGCUCUGUCACCGAUGCUCAGAUCAAGACGAUUUCAGGAGACGUGGCCACAGGCAGCCUGCCGUCGGGCGAUGUAGCGCCGUACACCUUGGCCUCUCGGAGCAUCAUCAUCGAUACUGUCAGCGGCGAUGUCAGCGGCUGGUUCCCUCUGUAUGACCUUCUCAAGAUCCACACCGUGUCUGGCGAUAUCAAGACGGAUCUUACCCCAAAGCCGUCACAGGAUAAGAAGCCUGAGCAAGCCGUGCUUAGUAUUGAGACUGUUUCUGGAGAUAUCAAGGUAAUUGAGCCGUUGGUCAGAAACAAGCGCGAUGACAAAUUCCCUCCGCGGGAUUAUGUCGUUGGAGUGUCCUCAUCUUCCGGCCAAAUUAUCGCUGAGCUGGCUUUUACGUCAAAAGCAAAGUUUGAGACCAUUUCUGGAGACCAAAGGGUGACGCUGCUGCCUCUCUUUGGCUCCAGCUCGUCGCAACCUAGUCUUUCGACGGACACAAAGAGUGGAAAGACGACGUUGACGCUCUUCGAGCCGCUAUGGAAAGAGGGUUCAACCCGUAUCGGUUACUACGAUCCUGCGGCACCAUCAAGGGAUAAAAACUCAAAGCUGGACAACUAUGACGAGCCUUGGAUCAUUAUCCACCCCGACCAACAGCUGGACGAUCUUCCAGACGCGGAACUCACAUCUACCCCGAAUGCCAGCGGCGGAGGCGAUGGAUUGAUUCGUCUCAAGUCCCACCACGCGUCCAUCAGCGGAGAUUUUAGGCUCAACUACCCUGCUUCGUGGGAAGGAGACUUUGUCUUGACGACUCUUUCCGGCGGGCAGGACAUUCGCGGCGAUGAUUUGCACUAUAAGCGGUCGAGCGGUAUCAUUAAGCGCAUUGAAGGGACAAAGGGCGAUGGCAAGUCGGAUCUGACGAUUGAUUCCAUGUCUGGUCGUGAGGAGCUGGUAUUUGGAAGUGCUUAA